GGCCGGGGUUCCGGCCACACUGCAGAAUGGAGAUAAUCAGGAGCAAUUUUAAGAGUAAUCUUCACAAAGUGUACCAGGCCAUAGAGGAGGCAGACUUCUUCGCCAUCGAUGGGGAGUUUUCAGGAAUCAGUGAUGGACCUUCAGUCACUGCAUUAACAAAUGGUUUUGACACUCCUGAAGAAAGGUAUCAGAAGCUUAAAAAGCAUUCCAUGGACUUUUUGCUGUUUCAGUUUGGCCUUUGCACUUUUAAGUAUGACUACACAGAUGCAAAGUAUAUAAUGAAGUCAUUUAACUUCUAUGUUUUCCCAAAACCCUUCAAUAGAUCGUCACCAGAUGUCAAGUUUGUUUGUCAGAGCUCCAGCAUUGACUUUCUUGCAAGCCAGGGAUUUGAUUUUAAUAAAGUUUUUCGCAAUGGAAUUCCAUAUUUAAAUCAGGAAGAAGAAAGGCAGUUAAGAGAGCAGUAUGACGAAAAACGUUCACAGGCCAAUGGUGCAGGAGCUCUGGCGUAUGUAUCUCCUAACACUUCAAAAUGUCCUGUGACGAUUCCUGAGGAUCAGAAGAAGUUUAUUGACCAAGUGGUAGAGAAAAUAGAAGAUUUAUUACAAAGCGAAGAAAGCAAGAAUUUGGAUUUAGAGCCAUGUACCGGGUUCCAAAGAAAAUUAAUUUAUCAGACUUUGAGCUGGAAGUAUCCCAAAGGCAUUCAUGUUGAGACUUUAGAAACUGAAAAGAAGGAACGAUAUAUAGUUAUCAGCAAAGUAGAUGAAGAAGAACGCAAAAGAAGAGAGCAAGAGAAACAUGCUAAAGAACAGGAGGAACUGAAUGAUGCUGUUGGAUUUUCUAGAGUCAUUCAUGCUAUUGCUAAUUCGGGAAAACUUGUUAUUGGACACAAUAUGCUCUUGGAUGUCAUGCACACAGUUCAUCAGUUCUACUGCCCUCUGCCUGCGGACUUAAAUGAGUUUAAAGAGAUGACAACAUGUGUUUUCCCCAGGAUGUACCUUGAUAUCAUUAACAACACAUCCCUUGCAGAAUUGGAAAAGCGGUUAAAAGAGACACCUUUCAACCCUCCUAAAGUUGAAAGUGCUGAAGGUUUUCCAAGUUAUGACACAGCUUCUGAACAGCUCCACGAGGCAGGCUACGAUGCUUAUAUCACAGGACUGUGCUUCAUCUCCAUGGCAAAUUACCUAGGUUCUUUUCUCAGCCCUCCAAAAAUUCAUGUGUCUGCCAGAUCAAAACUCAUCGAACCUUUUUUUAACAAAUUAUUUCUUAUGAGGGUCAUGGAUAUCCCCUAUCUAAACUUGGAAGGACCAGACCUGCAACCUAAACGUGACCAUGUUCUCCAUGUGACAUUUCCCAAAGAAUGGAAAACCAGCGACCUUUACCAACUUUUCAGUGCCUUUGGUAACAUUCAGAUAUCCUGGAUUGAUGACACAUCAGCGUUUGUUUCUCUCAGCCAGCCAGAACAAGUACAGAUUGCUGUCAAUACCAGCAAAUACGCAGAAAGCUAUCGGAUCCAGACCUAUGCCGAAUAUGUGGGGAAAAAACAGGAAGAGAAGCAGAUCAAGAGAAAGUGGACAGAAGAUGGUUGGAAGGAGGCUGACAGGAAGCGGUCCAACACCCAGUGCAUACCCUAUGCCCUGCAGAACCACUAUUACCGCACCAAUAGUUUUACAGCCACCAGUGCAGGAGAAAAGAGAAAUUUGAGUCCGACUCAAGAAGAAGCUGGCCUGGAGGACAGAAUAUCAGGGGAGAUUUCUGACACGGAGCUUGAGCAGACAGAUUCCUGUGCAGAAUCCCUCUCAGAAGGAAGGAAAAAGGCCAAGAAAUUAAAAAGAAUGAAGAAAGACCUUUCUCCAGCAGGAAACAUCUCAGACAGCCCUGCCACACUCUUUGAAGUUCCUGACACGUGGUAACCAAGACUUGAGUGAAACAAACCGCUGGUGCUGUCGCUGAGAAGGAGCCAGCCGGCACGUCUGGAAGCCAUACUGUGUUUAAUUUAAUCAAAUGUGGUAUGGGAGGGGUUUGAAACCAAGUAUAUCCUGGAAAAAAAAACAGUUUUUAUUUUUGUGACCAUGGUUUUUUUCCUUUUUAAUCUAAACUGCCUGUUGACACUCCUCAUGGUCGUAGGCUGUCAUGAAUGUGUACGUUAUUAACCAGCUAAUUAUUUGUUGCUUGUGUGGAAUCCUUUGCUGUCAGGAAUGUGCUUUAAGAAUCCACCUGAUGGGGAAUGUCGGCUGUGAAAUAUGCAAAAAGAGCUGACAUUCUGGGUGCUGUGAUCAUGAAUUUGGGAUUGAACUCUUUCCUGCUUCAAGAGGUUCUCAUCCGUCUCCUCGUCAAGCUCAGACUUGGGGGCAGUUGCAGAACAAGGUUGCCGUCGCCCUGCUUCCCGCCGUAGCUGCCUGAAAAUGUGAAGCUCUCACGCUUGUUUUUCCAGUAGGAAGACAUCUACCAAUGUCAUCCCACGAAGGAGCUUCCGUAUGCCUUGGCCUUUGGGGCAUAUUUAUUUAGUUAUUUUUCCUGAGAUGUAAGUUUCUCGUGGGGGUGUAUGAGUAGAAAAAGUCAGUUUCUGUUCUUACAUGUAGUCGUGCGUUGGCUUUCCAGUGUCUUAGCCUGCUUGUGUCUUCUGUGUGGGUGGCAGCAGCGUGUGUGCAUACGUGUGCGUGUGUGUGUGGAAUCAUGGCAAAUCGACAACAUGCACCAGCCCUUUCUCUAUGGAAACAGAGCCCAACAACAGCAAGAGUCCGUGAAUCUACUUCUGUAGAUCUGCUUCAGAUAGAUCAUUGUUAGAUAUUUAACA